UACGUACGAUCCUCCACUGUUUAAUGUUUAAACAGCAAUAUUUAAACAGAUUGUUCCAAACUAUUGUUAUUGUUCAGUAUAAAUAUGGAAAUCGAAUAAAAAAACGUCAUUACUAACGAAUUAUUACAGUAAUACCCACAACAGCAACAUGAAGUUCCUACUGGCUGCUUGCUUGACGCUCUUGAGCCUUACGGUGACAGAGGCAUAUCCGCGACCAAAUGAUGGUGCGCUUGGAGGAAUAGCACCGGCUGUUACUGGUUCCGCCAGUGGUUUACCCGGUGCUGCUGGGGUAACUAAUAGUUUACCCGGUGCUGCUGGGGUAACUAACAGUUUACCCGGUGCUACUGGUGUAACUAAUGGUUUACCCGGUGCUGCUGGGGUAACUAACGGUUUACCCGGUGCUGCUGGUGUAACUAAAGGUUUACCCGGUGCUGCUGGUGUAACUAACGGUUUACCCGGUGCUGCUGGGGUAACUAACAAUUUGCCCGGUGCUGCUGGGGUAACUAACGGUUUACCCGGUGCUGCUGGGGUAACUAACGGUUUACCCGGUACCGGUGGGGUAACCAAUGGUUUACCCGGUGCCGGUGUGGUAACCAAUGGUUUACCCGGUGCUGCUGCAGCCAAUAAUAUAGCCGACCCUAUAACUGGUCUCGUGGGUGGCCUUUUCAAUACUGCCACUAAUCUUGCUGGUGGUGCGCUUGGUACUGUUGGUGGUAUCACUAGAGGUGCGAUCGGUACUGCUGCUGGUAUUACUGGUGCUACGCUCGGUGCGACUUCUGAUGUUCUUGGUGCUGCUGCCAACAGUUUUGGUCGCCUUGCCAACGGAGGUUACGGAGCCUCAGCUGGAACCGGUGGUGCUUCUCAAGCCAACGGCUUUCCUUUUGGAAAUAUGUUCGGAAGCUUUGGUGGCAGGUCCGGAGGACUUUUCGGAAAAUAAAAAUGACGUGAU